GAGAGAGAGAGGGUGGGGCGAAUGAGAUCACGAGCGAUUGAAGACACAAGUUGAGAGUAAGAGUGAGAAAAAGGAGCUGCGAGCGCGUGCACGUGUGUGAUACGAAAGCGAGACUGAUGGUUCUGAUGUACUUUAAUAUGUGAGAAGAGAUACGAGAAAGAAAGUGCGAGACAUCGCUUUUUCCAAAAGAUCCUGCACGAAACUUGGACCAAUUAAAUCAGCAAAAUGAAGACUACGAUAGUCAUAUUGGCGGUCUGCUUAGGUGCUGCAUUAGUGAACUCACUGCCCAUUGCUAAAGAAGGAUUUCAAUCGAAGGCUCUUGAUCGACUAAUGGUAGUCGAAGCUGACAAUGAAUCUGCACUGAGAAGCAAAAGGACAAUCGGACUACUUCGACAACUAUUUCCUGAAGUAUCUAAGGAUGUGAAUCCGGAAGCAAAUGAGAAUAACCAAGUAGUAAGUGAAGCUGACAGUCAAAAACGCGAAGAGUCCCAGAAUAACGAGGUACGUGUUCAGUUCGCCGACGAAACAGCAAAUUCGAAGGUAAACGAGGCUAGCGAAGGUGAACUUGCCCCACUCGAAGAAAUUGAGGCCAACGACGAUGAGAAUCGUAACAAAAGGUUCCUCAAUUUCGGUUUUGGCGCGUCGGGUGCUAAUAGUGGCGGUGCUGGCGGAAGCGGCGGGGGCUCCGGUAACUUCCUCUUCGACAUCAUCAGGCAAGCAGCGGACGGCGCGGCGAGAGCCGCGGGUACGGUGUACCGGGUGGUGGCCGGCACCCAGAGCCUCGGGCUUGGUCUGAGUGCGUCGCGCGACGUCGGCCCGGCCUCGGCCCCGAUGAUGCCCGCCCCGGCCCCCGGCAUGAUGCCGGCCGGGAUGAUGCCCCCUCCACCGGGGCCUCCCAUGAUGCCCGGGAUGAUGCCGCCCCCGGGGAUGAACGGAACCGCCAUGAUGCCACCGCUGGUAGCUGGAAGUGGUAGCAGUACUAGCGAUCCAGCAGCUGGAGCUCCAACUCCCGGACCUCUGACCGAAGCUGUUCCUGGACCCGUCACGAGACUUUUCGUUAUCGCCAAUCGAGGUAUUUCCAACCUAAUUCAGGACCUCAUUCUUCGCUUGGCUGCAACAAGUGAACGCAUCGUCAACUUCAAGGCGCGAUUGAUUACUUCCAUCAUCUAGAAUCACCUGAGUCCAUCUCUAAUAAAUUUCAAUAAUAAGCCCAUGAAUAACCACAAAAAUCUGCAGCUAAUAAGAAAAAAUCGUAGCUUGUGAAAUAAUAUGAGAGAGAGAGAGAGAGAGAGAGAGAGAGAGAGAAAAAGUGUUCAUGUGCAGAAUUAAGAAGUCACCAAGUAAUGUAAAGAAGAAUCAUCUUCAAUGAGUUUGUGUUGGGGAUUGGACCACGGGAACGACGAUUCCAACGUUAUAUAAGAAAUAUUAUAAGUAAAUAU